UAUUGCUAUUUUGAAUGAAUGAAAUGAAAUCUUGUUUUUUCUUCUUUUUUUUCUUUUGCCGGCUGCCAUCGCUUGAUCUGUUUGUAGAACAAUAAAACUAUUUUUAAAAUAAUCAGAUAAUACAAAAUAUUGAAAUGGAUGAAUGGGAUGACGAUGUUGCGGUUUCCACACCUGCCUACAACAACAAGAUAGACGAGGGCCACAGCUUAUCAAGAGGCAGGGGGUUCUCUUCAUUCGACAAUGAUGAUGAUCUGCACAAAGACAGUAAUGGCUUUGGGGAUCGGCGGGGUCGCGGGGGCCGAGGCGGGGGGCGCGGGCGCGGUGGCCGCGGGGGCCGGGGCGGCUUCAACCGCGACGGAGACACCAACGGAGGAGGAGGCGGCGACUUCGACGACGAAGACCGUGGUGACGGUUUCCGUGGCGAGCGAGGCCGUGGGCGCGGGCGGGGCGGGCGCGGGGGCGGGCGGGGCGGCCGCGACGGUGACGGCGGCGGCCGCUUCAACAACGACGACGACGACAGACCGCAGCCGGAACUAGACGAGAAUGGCGAACCCAAGAAGCCCCCAGUAACGUACGUGCCGCCCGAACCCACCGAGGACGAAGGAGAGAUCUUCGGCAGCUCCAUCAGCUCCGGCAUCAACUUUGAUAAGUUUGAUCACAUUGCCGUUAAGGUCAGUGGAGAGAACCCGCCUAAACCCAUAGACAGCUUCGAGACGGCCGGUCUGCGGAAGUACGUUCUGGACAACAUCCUCAAGUCGAAGUACACGAAGCCGACGCCCAUCCAGAAGCACGCCAUCCCCAUCAUCACCGAGGGCCGCGACCUCAUGGGCUGCGCGCAGACUGGCUCCGGGAAAACGGCUGCCUUCUUGUUGCCCAUCAUAAACAUCCUGCUGCAAGACCCGCGCGAACUAGUCGUGGGACCCAGUGGCUGCGCCCAACCUCAGGUAGUGAUAGUGUCCCCGACGCGCGAGCUGACGCUGCAGAUCUUCAACGAGGCGCGCAAGUUCGCGCACGGCUCCGUGCUCAAGAUCGCCGUCGCGUACGGCGGCACCGCCGUGCGCCACCAGGGGGAUAGCAUCGCUCGCGGCUGCCACAUCCUGGUGGCGACGCCGGGGCGGCUGCACGACUUCGUGGACCGCAACCGCGUGUCGUUCGAGAGCGUGCGCUUCGUGGUGCUGGACGAGGCCGACCGCAUGCUCGACAUGGGCUUCAUGCCCAGCGUGGAGAAGAUGAUGGAACACCCCAACAUGGCGCCUAAGAAUGACCGUCAAACGCUGAUGUUCUCGGCGACGUUCCCGGAGGACAUCCAGCACCUGGCGGCGCGCUUCCUCAACAACUACCUGUUCGUGGCGGUCGGCAUCGUGGGCGGCGCCUCGGCCGACGUCACGCAGGUCUUCCACGAGGUCACCAAGUACGAGAAGCAGGCCACGCUCAAGAAACUCAUCGAGGAUAAUGAGGGCAAACGCGUCCUAGUCUUCGUGGAGACCAAGCGCACGGCGGACUUCAUCGCGGCGAUGCUGUCGGAGCAGCAGCACCUGACGUCGUCCAUCCACGGCGACCGGCUGCAGCAGGAGCGCGAGGAGGCGCUGCACAACUUCAAGAGCGGCAAGCACUGCAUACUGGUGGCUACGGCCGUCGCCGCAAGAGGGCUUGAUAUAAAGAACGUGGACAUCGUGGUGAACUACGACCUGCCGAAGAGCAUCGACGAGUACGUGCACCGCAUCGGGCGCACGGGCCGCGUGGGCAACCGCGGCCAGGCCGUCUCCUUCUACGACUCGGAGAAGGACAGCGCGCUGCUCGCGGACCUCAGCAAGAUCCUGCGGCAGGCAGAGCAGAACGUGCCCGACUUCCUGCAGGGCGGCGGCGACUCCAGCUAUCGCGGCAGCAAGUACGGAGGCAGCGACGUGCGAGGGAAUGAAUGGAACUUCAACAGCGCAUCGGCUGCGACUGCUGGCAAUGAGCCCGAAGAAGAAUGGUAGACUUGUUAUAAUGAUGUGGACACUGCUAGUUUGUAAUGGUGCAACUGACGCUAACAAUACGGUGCUGCAACAGUGACAGUGGAGUGUGCUGGUCAUCCACCAAACUACAGAUAGACAAAAUGGCUUGCACAGCCAACUUAAGUGCUACUAAUUCGUUAGAAGAAGACUGCAUUAUACCUUGACAAGUAUUCCUAGAGUUAUAAUUUACUAAAUGUAUAGAAUAGGGUUUCACCAGUGUCAGCAUACUCCUAAUUGUUUGAUUUUAUAAUCUUUAAAUAAUUGUACUUACGUAAGUGCAAAAAAGUGUUUGAAACACUAUAGUUUUUUUUAAGUUUGAAUAUGUUAUGUUAUAUUUUUUUCUUUUUAUCUAGCAUUAAAUACUUAUGUAUCGCAUCGUUUUCCAUUGGCUAAUAUUAGCAUUAGCAAGUACUGUGAUGUUAAAUAUAAAGUUGCUCAUUUAAAAUUUUAAUAUAGUUGCAUUUAAUAGUUUAUAACUGCGUAAAAUUUUGCGUUAUCAUUAUCACUUACUAAAAAUUCAUUUGACAUUACAUAUUUCCCAUUUCAUGGUUUUCGUCAUGACAGAAUCUCAUUACUAGUAGAAAAACACUCAGAAAAUAUUAUAUAAGCUUUCUUUUAAACCGAGAUGUGGAAUCAUACAGGUUGUUACCGUACAAAUUAAAAUUAACAUGUACCUAAGUGGGUUAUAUUUUUAUUAACUGAUUAUUUUUAAAACAUUGUAUAAAUAAGGUCGCUAUUGCCAUAGUUGUAUAUGAGUGCAAAAUACGUUUAUUUUUUAUUGUUAUCAAAAGUUACAGGCAUCACUAAACUUUGGUAAUAAUGAUUAGUUUCCCUUUACCGUUUACCUAUGUACCUUCGAUUGUACCUGUUUUGAAUGGGCACAUUUUGAUUUGUUUUUGUGUGAAUGAAAAUAAACAUUCGCAGUUAA